AUGUUUCCAAAGAUCACCAUUCUCUACUGCGCAAAAUGCAAAUGGCACAAUCGCGCAGUGUGGUAUGUUCAGGAAAUUUUGCAGACCUUUGGCGAAGGUGACAAAUUCGUGGCAGAAGUCAGUUUGUGUCCCGUAUACGAUAAGCCUGGACUUUUCCAGAUAAUCGGGUACAAAAGCGAAGAUGAAUCUAGAGUAUUGUAUCAAAGAAAAAUGAAGAAGAGUGCAGAGCCCCAGGAAGAAGAGUUCUACCAUGACGGGUUUCCUGACUCGAAGUUCGUUAAGGUUCUUGUCCGGAACUAUUUCUUUCCUCAGGAACGGUUGGGCCAUGUAGACGGGCAUGCGGCUCAAUUGAUCGACGGUAGUGAAAACCAGAAAAUCGAAUGCAUCAGCUGUAAGGAUAACGAGUAG